GUGAUUAGUUAGUAAUUUGGUUCCGUUCCCGGUUCCGUCAUUCGCAUUCGCGCUCGCUUUACUGUAGCGUUAUUUUGGCAGCGUCGCGUAUCUUGUAAAAUUUUAUUGAAUAUAGAUUUUAAAUUUUGGUGAUGUAGUAGUGGAGUGUGUGUAAAAAAAGCAGCAAAAUGUCGCUUGAAAUCCCGUUAAUGAGCACGGACGAGGUGAUUGAGUUAGAUCCGGAGCAAUUACCCUCUGGAGAUGAAGUGCUCAGUAUACUACAGCAGGAGAGAUCACAGCUCAGUGUCUGGAUUAAUGUUGGACUUGCUUAUUACAAACAAAAGAAGAUCGAUGACUUCCUCAAAAUUUUGGAGGCCUCCCGUACAGAGGCCAACAUCGACUAUAGGGACUUUGAAAGAGACCAAAUGCGAGCCCUCGAUAUGUUGGCCGCGUACUAUGUCCAAGAGGCCAAUAAAGAAAAGUUGAAAGACAAGAAAAAAGAAUUGUUCACUAAAGCUACUCUUCUUUACACAAUGGCCGAUAAAAUUAUCAUGUAUGACCAAAACCAUCUCCUUGGUCGUGCAUACUUCUGUCUCCUUGAAGGUGAUAAAAUGGAGCAAGCUGAUGCCCAGUUCAACUUUGUAUUGAAUCAGUCUCCUAACAAUGUGCCUUCAUUACUUGGUAAAGCCUGUAUUGCAUUCAACCGCAAAGAUUACAGAGGAGCAUUGGCUUUUUACAAGAAAGCUUUAAGAACUAAUCCAGACAGUCCAGCUGCCUUGAGAUUGGGAAUGGGGCAUUGUUUUAUGAAGCUGAAUAAUCAAGAAAAAGCGAGGAUGGCUUUCGAAAGAGCGUUACAAUUAGACCCACAAUGUGUCGGUGCUCUUGUAGGCUUGUCUAUACUCAAACUGAACUUACAAGAGAGUGAAUCAAACAAAAUGGCUGUGAUUAUGUUGUCCAAAGCUUAUGCUAUUGACCCUAAAAAUCCUAUGGUUUUAAACCAUUUGGCUAAUCACUUCUUUUUCAAAAAGGACUAUAGCAAGGUUCAACAUCUUGCUUUGCACGCGUUCCAUAACACUGAAAACGAAGCUAUGCGGGCCGAAAGUUGCCAUCACCUCGCAAGGGCCUUCCAUGCUCAAGGCGAUUGUGACCAAGCUUUCCAAUACUACUACCAGGCAACUCAGUACGCACCGCCCAACUUUGUCCUACCACAUUACGGGUUAGGACAAAUGUACAUCUACAGAGGAGAUACAGAGAAUGCAGCGCAAUGUUUCGAAAAAGUACUAAAAGUCCAACCAGGAAAUUAUGAAACAAUGAAGAUUUUAGGAUCGCUAUAUGCCAAUUCACCUUCACAAUCGAAGCGAGAUAUUGCUCGCCAACAUUUGAAGAAAGUCACAGAACAGUUCCCAGAUGAUGUUGAAGCUUGGAUAGAGUUGGCACAAAUAUUGGAGCAAAAUGACUUACAGGGUUCUCUCAACGCAUACAGCACAGCAAUGAAGAUUUUAAAAGAGAAAGUGAAUGCAGAUAUUCCUGCUGAAAUAUUGAACAAUGUGGCAGCCCUACAUUACAGACUUGGAAACUUGAAUGAGGCUAAGAACUUUUUAGAGGAAGCCCUUGAAAGAGAAAAAGCUGACGCGGAAACUCUAGAUGCUCAAUACUAUAACUCGAUAGCAGUCACGACUAGUUACAAUCUAGCGAGGUUGAAUGAAGCGCUCUGCAUGUACAAUAAGGCUGAGAAACUUUACAAGGACAUCUUGAAGGAACAUCCCAACUACAUUGACUGUUAUUUAAGGUUAGGUUGCAUGGCCCGCGACAAAGGACAGAUCUACGAAGCUUCUGAUUGGUUCAAAGAAGCCUUGAAAGUGAACACAGAACAUCCAGACACUUGGUCGUUGCUAGGCAACCUGCAUUUAGCGCAACAAGAGUGGGGACCCGGACAGAAGAAGUUUGAGAGAAUCUUACAAAACGCUAGUACUUCUAAUGAUGCUUAUUCGCUCAUUGCUCUCGGUAAUGUAUGGCUUCAAACUCUACACCAGCCUUGCCGUGAGAAAGACAGGGAAAAGCGGCAUCAAGAGCGGGCCCUUGCUAUGUACAAACAAGUACUGAAAAGUGAUCCUAAAAACAUAUGGGCUGCUAAUGGUAUUGGAUGUGUACUUGCUCAUAAGGGUUGUAUAAACGAAGCCCGCGACAUAUUCGCUCAAGUGCGUGAAGCGACAGCUGACUUCCCCGAUGUAUGGAUGAAUAUAGCUCACAUUUACGUUGAACAGAAACAGUACAUCAAUGCUAUACAGAUGUACGAGAACUGCGUGCGCAAGUUCCGCAUGCACCACGACGUGGAGUGGCUGACGUGGGUGGCGCGCGCGCAGACGCUGGCGGGGCGCGCGGGCGCGGCGCGGGCGUCGCUGCUGCGCGCGCGCCGCGUGGCCCCGCACGACGCGGCGCUGGCGUACAACACGGCGCUGACGCUGCGGCGGCGCGCGGCCGGCGUGCUGAAGGACGAGCGCUCGGACCUGCGCGUGGUGCUGCGCGCCGUGCACGAGCUGCACGUGGCGCAGCGCCACUUCGCGCGCCUGGCCGCCGCGCCCGCGCCCGCGCCCGCCGCCGCCGCGCUCGACGCGCGCGUCUGCGCCGACCUGCUCUCGCAGGCGCAGUGGCACGUCACGCGCGCGCGCCGCCAGCACGACGAGGAGCUCUCGCUGCGCGACAAGCAGCGCGAGCAGAGGGAGGCCUUCCGCAGGCAACAGGAAGAAGAACGCAAACGUCGCGAAGAAGAACAACAGAAGAGUACAGUGGAGAUGUUACAGAAGCGACAAGAGUACAAAGAGAAGACAAAGAACGCUUUGUUAUUCGCCGACAUGCCAACUGAGAACAAAUCGAAGGGCGGCCGUGGGAGGAGAAAGGAUGAGUACGUGUCAGACUCACCUGGCAGUGGAAGCGAAGGACCUAGAGAAGACAAACGUGAACCGAAACGUAAACGCAAACGUGAACCAGGUGAACCUCGUAAAGGAGGUAAACGUAAAAACAGAAGAACAUCGGGCAGCGAUAGCGACCGAGACCCGCCUAAGAAACGAGGAAGGAAGAAGGGUGAGAAAGGUAUCGGUAAACGCGAAAAGGCAAGAGCAGCGAAGGAGGCCGAUAAACAAGGCGCGAAACAACGCGGGAAAAUUGUAUCCAAGGAAACGAUAUCGACUUCCGAAUCGGAGUCGGACACCUCUCGCAAAUCCCGGAGUAGAAGUCGCAGUGGCAGUGGAAGCCGUAGCGGUGGAAGUCGCAGCCCUCCAGCGAAUAAAGGAAGAAAACGAAUUAUGUCUGCAUCGGAUAGUGACAGAUCAAGAUCAAAGUCAAAAUCUCGCAGUCGGUCAAGGUCGGGAUCCGCCAAAAGCCGUUCGAGGUCCAAGAGUAAAUCACGUUCUAAAAGCCGGUCCAGAUCUAAAGGCAGAUCUAGGUCUAAGAGCGCGUCAAGAUCGAAAAGCCGUUCAAGAUCCAAAAGCAGGUCUCGCUCAAAGAGCCGUUCUAGGUCGAAGAGCGUGUCUCGGUCUAGAUCCAGGUCAAAGAGCAGAUCCCGAUCGAAAUCCAAGAGCGUGUCGAGGUCCAGAUCCCGUUCAAGAUCUAAGAGUGGUUCUCGGAGCAGGUCUGGCUCCCGAGCUGGAUCUCGCGCCUCUAGAUCUAGAUCCCGAUCUGGAUCUAGAUCAAGAUCAGGGUCCAGAAAUUCCCGACCAGACACACCAGUAUCAAGGAAGUCUGUCUCUGCCAGUGAAGACGAAGCUUAGAUUAAGUUGUAAAUAUUUUGCUAGUUUUAGGAUUUUGUCUUUAGUUUUCCUUACCUACAAGGUAACAUUAUUUUUUGAGUUAUCUGUAAGUAUAUAUGUAUUUACAAAUGAUGUACUUUCGUUGUUCUAGCUAGAGCUAAUGGACAGUUAUUAGGACAGUUGCGUGACUUAUUAAAAAAAAGUAAAAAUGACAUUGGUCAGUCAGAUUGGUUGAUAGUAAAAUAAAGAAAAUUUUCAGGUCAUUUUGUAAUGAUCGGCACUCUAUUUGGGUGGUUUACUGUUUGAAACUCACAAUGCACGUUUAUGAGGUUCCACAGGUCGCUAAGGGACCAGCAACAAGCAAUAAUUUAAAUGCGCAAACUGAUUGCGCCAAAUUUUGUACAAACUGUUUGCGCAAACAAACAUUGGGUAUAGUAUGGUUUGUACACCAUUUGCGUGAUUUGCAGUUUAGCCUCACCGUACUUUGCGCAAAGCGAUACUGCGAUGUAUUUAAUUUGCGCAAAGCGGAUUGGUGUUUGCGCAAAAUAAAAUAUAUAGCUAGUGACUUUAAAUAUUGUGAGAUUGUGUGAAAAAAGUAACUUAUGUUAUUAAAAAGAUUAAAUAUUUACUUAGCUUCCUGUCGAAUGUUAUUUACACUAGAUAAAUAUUUUAUACAAUUACCGAACUUCCUGACCUAAUCUUCCAAUGUAAUAAAGUAGUAGACUACCGUUUUAAAAUGCUAGUUAAAUUCUAAGUUGCGCAGAACACAGCUUUUACACAGAAGUGUAAUUGUAACACAAAAUCUCAGUAUUGAUUCACAAUCACGAAGGAUUUUAUUUUGUUGACAGUUUAAAAAGAAGUUUAAUCUGGUAAUUUAUCAUUGAAAUUAGAAAACAAAUAUUUUUCAUAUUGAUUGGCAUGAUGACGAAAUUUAUUAGACUUGAUUUCAACUCGUAUCGUGUUUUACUAGUCAGUCUCCUUAAGCGUUCCAAAUAAAAAAAUGUUUGUUUACCAUAGAUGUAUACUUGAUUAUAAAUAAUACAUGUUUUUUUAUGUAACCUGAUUUAUUAUUUGGACUGUUCUGCGCUAGAUAGGUGAUCAUUCUUACUGUUUUCUAACACUAUUUCUAGACUUCAAGUUAUUAGCUCUGUUCUUAAAAACUUGUACCUAUUAUGUUCUGAUAUUUUGAAGAGCGAUGAUUGUAAAGAAAUAAAAGCUAUAAAAUGUC